AAGCUUACCUGUGGCAAGAUGGCGUCCAACAGACAUAGUAGUGUUUGAUGGAGAGCAAACUGUUUUUGACAGAGUUUGUGUGGAGAAACAAGUUUAAAACAUGUCUAAAAUGCGAAUGCUGAGGGCGUUUGUAAACCAGCGACUGACCGCGGCUGCUGAAGAGAUAUUUGGGCUGUUUGAAAGAACGAUAGCAGAGUACGAGGAGGAGCUUUGUCGUUCAAAAGAGGAGAACGAGCGAGAACGGAAACGACUGGACGCUGUUUUCAACGCUCACAGAGCAGAGAUACGUAAAGGAGAGGUCCCCCCUGAGCAGCAGGAGUGGAGCUCCAGUCUGGACCAGGAAGACCCAGAGCCCCCACACAUUAAAGAGGAACAGGAGGAACUCUGGACCAGACAGGAGGGAGAGCAAGUUCAAAGGCCGGAGGAAGCUGAUAUGACCACGUUCCUAUUCACUCCUGUUCUUGUGAAGAGUGAAGAUGACGAAGAGGAACCUCAGUCAUUGCGGCUUCAUCAAAGACAAACUGAACGGAUGAAAACAGAAUCUGAUGGAGAGGGCUGGAGAGGACAAGAACCAGCGAGGGACUCAGAUGCAGAUAGACAUCCAGAACCUGAUACUGUCGACAAGACCAAAGAAUCUUCUGAACCUGAGACUGAAGACGACGAUAAUUGGACGGAGACCAGAGGACCUCAGUCAGGUUUAAACUCUCUGAAAAAUGCCGUUGAGAAACCAUUUCGCUGCUCCGAGUGCGGAAGAGGAUUCGGCAAAAGUGGAAAUCUGAAGAGACACAUGACAUCGCAUACAGACGAAAAACCUUUCAACUGCUCAGUUUGUGGCGAAGGGUUCGGACAGAAGGUCCAGCUGACACAACACAUGGCACAUCACACCGGAGAAAGACCUUUCAGCUGCUCCGUCUGUAAGAAAUCUUUUAUGCAGAGUGGAUAUAUCCAGCGACACAUGAGGAUGCACACCGGAGAGAAACCUUUCAGCUGCUCAGUUUGUGAUAAAAGAUAUUUUCGCAAGGAAGGUCUGGAGACACACAUGAGAACUCAUACAGGAGAAAGACCUUUCAGCUGCUCAGUCUGUAAGAAAUCGUUUGCACAGGCGGGGAAUUUACAGAAACACAUGAGAAUCCACACAGGAGAGAAACCUUUCGAUUGCUCAGUUUGUGGUAAAACAUUCAGCACCAAGGCCCAACUGACACAGCACACGAUGACACACACAGGAGAAAAACCUUUCAGCUGCUCAGUGUGUGGCAAAACAUUCAGCCAGAAGUCGGUACUGCGGUUGCAUAUUAAUAUUCAUACAGGAGAGAAACCGUUUUGUUGCUCAGUUUGUGGUAAAGGAUUCUAUCGCAAGGAAACGCUGGUUCGUCACGGGAGAACCCACACAGAGGAGAUAUCGCUCAGCUGCAGCUGAUGGAGAGGACUGUGGAGGACCAGAACCAGUCAGGACCUCAGAUCCAGAUAGACUUUCACAACCGGAUACUGUCGACAAAACUCAAGACUUUUCUAGGGUUCCCACUGUCAGGAAAGAAACCUGGAGAACUCAGAAUUCGUAAAGUUUUGGAAAACUAUGGAAUUUUGUUGUUUAAUAAAAUUGUUAAAGUAA